CCGCGCCCGGCAAGGGACAGCCGCAAGACGGCCCGCUCGCCGAAAUGGACGACGACGCGGGACCCGGGCAGUGACGAGCGGCUUCCGUACCCGCCCGACGUGUUUCCCGGCGCGCGGGACGUCGCGACGGCGUACGGGAACUUGCGGGUGUACGAGUUUGGGCCAGAGGCGGCGGAGGAGAGGGUUCUGUUGCUGCAUGGUAUCGGGACGCCUUGUCUUGCGUUGGGGGGUAUUGCUGGGGAGUUUGUGGAGAGGGGGUGGAAGGUAAUGACUUUUGACUUCUUCGGCCGCGGCUACUCGGACGCGCCCCUCGACCUCCCCCACGACGCCCGCCUCUACACCACGCAGAUCCUCCUCGCGCUCGCCUCGUCCCCCUCGCCGGGCUGGACCGGCAACGACGCCUUCCACCUACUGGGCUACUCCCUCGGCGGCGCCGUCGCCGCCGCUUUCGCCUCCGCGCACCCGCACCUCGUGCGCUCGCUCAGCCUAGUCGCGCCGGGCGGGCUGGUGCGCAGCGGAGCGCACGUCGGGUGGCGGAGCCGGGUGCUGUAUAAUGCCGGGUGGAUUCCGGAGUGGGUGAGGAGGUGGGUUGUUGGGCGGAGGCUGAGGCCUGUUAAGGUUGGAGGCGGGGUGGGCGGUGAUGUACCGGAGAAGGAGACUGUUGAUGAUGAUGACGAGGAGGAGAAGAAGGAGGAGUGGGAUGAGCUUAGGCUCGUGGGCGGGGGACGGAUUGGGGAGGUUGUGGGGUGGCAGCUUGCGAGGCACCCUGGGUUCGUGACGAGUUAUAUGUCGACGAUUCGGCACGCGCCGAUUUAUGACCGCGGGGACGAGGAGUGGAGGGUUCUGGCGGAGGUCUUGGAGGCGAGGCGGAGUAGCUAUGGUGGUGGUGAUGUUGGUGAUGGUCGAGGAUGGGCAUCGGAGCCCGGGCUGAGAAAGGGGCGGGUGCUCUUCCUGCUCGGUGAGGACGACGACAUCGUCGUGCUCGGGGAGACGGUGUGGGAUGCGGAGAGGGUGCUCGGGGAGGACGCGGUCGAGGUCAUUGUCCUUGGGGGCGGGCACGAGAUUGCUAUCACCAAGGGGAAGGAGAUUGUCGGUGCCGUCGUUGCUGCGUGG